CACCACUGCACUGUUUAUUUUUGCGGAACUGUUAUGAAACAAUUUGAUACCGCAAAUUCAAAGAGAAUCGGAGUUAUGUGAUGCAUCUACGAUCAUUAGAAAUAAAACGCCAAUUGAAAAUAUUUGUGUAUGAUACGCCACUGCACCGUAAAUGCGUUUUAUCAACAAUAUACUCGACAAUUUCGUGAUGAUAGCUCGUGACAUUGCGCACACAAAAAACAGUUUUAUACCGACCGACAAUAAUGCACAUGCUAUUAUUGACAUUUUCUGUGGUGCUACCAUAUUGUGAUGCUAUAAGAUGCUAUGAAUGCUACAUAGUGCCCACGCACCCAUAUAAAUUCAAUGCUAAUGCCAGUGUGAAUGUGUGUGACAAGUUUGACUACUCGCAGAAGUUUGUAACUGAAUGCGUGAAUAGUACGUUUUGUAGGAAGACUAUUUAUAAGGGGAGUGUCGAGGUUCCACUUUUGAGAGUAGAGAGGGGUUGUGCUAAUCAGGAUUACUACGGACUACGAUACGAAAAUCAAGUGUAUUACGACUAUCACAGUAUUGUGAGGGAUGCUUAUAAUUCCGGCUGUUCUACAAGUGACACUUAUGGUGUGAAGUCAGUGCAAGUUGAAAACUGUUAUUGUGACACUGAUUUUUGCAAUCAAUCUAGUUCGAUAAACGGAAACGUUUUAGUCGUUAUGUUGAUUGUCUUGUAUUUUAUAAUUUUUUGAACUGUGUGAAAUUUUCCGAAAGCUGUGCGUUACAAUCUGACACUGAAUUUAUUCGUACUGCAUCAGUAUACGUUUUUUAAUAAUAAAUUUAAAUAUAUAAACUUGUAGCAAUGAAGCAAAUAAUAAAACCUGUUACCAU